AUGGUACUCAGUGUAUAUUCUAUAGUGCCAGUGACUAAAUUAACAAUUGAAUAUAAUUUCAAUAAAGGCUACUUAAGAGUAUUUAAAAAUUCAAAGUCGGCAAAAUUUUUACUGUUAAUUGAAUAAUUAGCAAUUUGGAAGAAAAUUUUAAUGUUGACUGAAAUUUAUGAAUAUUUGGAGAAAAAUCCAUUUCAUAAAUAGGAAGCUCUGAAGAUUUAUUAUUUUCGUCAUACAGUAUAUUAAUUAAGAGGAUUGAUUUUUAAGUUAAAAGCAGGAUUAAGUCCUCAUAUAGCAAUAUCAAUAUUUUAUAAAAAAACAUCAAUAUGUUUAGAAGGAUUUGCAUUAGCUUAUAAAUAACUUAGUAAAAAGAUGUUAAUUGUGAAGGCUGGAUUUAGAUUUGUAAGAAUGAAUUAUAAAAAAAAUUAUUAUCCAAAAGAAAUUGGAAAAGGAUCUAAAGAAUUGGUAUAUAUUGUAGAAGAAUUUUAAUAAUAUGGAUUUAUCAAUUAUUCUGGUGAAGUAUAAUAUGGAGAAUUAGAUAUAUAAAUAACAUUAAAAACUUGUUCAGUUUGUAUGAUAGCAAAAGUAGAUUUGGCCAAUAACAUUUUUUGUAGACAUAGAUAUUGUGAACAUUGUUUAAAAAUUUAUUUUAGAAAUAAAUACUCUAUAGAAUGUCCAAUUUUAGGAUGUAAUGCAAAAUUAAUAAGAAGAUUGAUCACUUUAAAAAAUCAAACUUAAAAAACCAGACCUUCCUCUGCUGAAAGAAAGAUUAAAUAACAUAAAAUUUAAGAUGUAGAACCAAAUGCUGCUACUUUAUUAAUGGAUCCAAAUUGGCCUCCUAAAUUUAUUGGAUCUCAUGUGCCUAAUUAUUUAGAGUCCUAAUUUAUUCAAUUAAGAAAAAUAAUAGAAUAUUAAUGUGGAGAAAGACACUUUACUCAGGAUGAUAUGAUAAACAAUAAUAAUUAAUGUUCUCAAUGUUUAAUGACAUUAUGGGAUGCUCAAAUUAAAGGUAAUUGUAAUAAACAUUAUAUCUGUAUAUAAUGUACAUUAAAUGCAUAAUAGACAUGUUUACUUUGUUGA